GUUUGACUGUUUCUUCGCUCGGUUCUCUGCCCUGGUUCCACAGCUAGAGGUGCAGAGUGGCCUCCAAGGGGGACCCCGCUGCACUCCUACUCCAAGCAGGCAGGCAUAGUCAAGCCUCCUAAGCCUCCGAACGCCCGCAACUCCUGUCUCGAUCCUGCGUCCUGGUCAGAUGCAUCUGGUUUCUCCAGCCCCCCGUCACUUUUCCUCCAGGCCGACCACAGUCUGGAGAAACCACCCGGGCUCGCGGGCGCUGGGCAUCUUCAGUGAAAUCAUCUGUCCCUUCCUCCCACUGCGCGGUGGACUCAAAGAGCCAGGGCCCUCAGGACCUUGUAGCUCCUGGGUGGCUGUCAGGGUGUCAGCAGGAGGCUGCCGUUGCCCUCCCUGCCCCUGGAUACCCCGUGAACGCUCCACACACACAAUCGCGUUUUCUAGAGCUCUAUCUGCUUGCCUGUCCCGAUCUGGAUUCCCCUUCAAUCCGUCUUUGGACCCCUGAAUCCCCUUCUUCAGACACCCAAACCCUCGAAUAGGAUGAAGUCGCACGGGCCAGGGUGCAGGCGUCUGGAGGACAGAGUUGGGGAGCAGAAAUCUCAGGCUUCCCCCAACAGCUUCUUUGCUUCGGGCCUGGAAUUGCCAAGGCAGCAAACUGAGUGGGGUGGGGUGAGUCUGCAGAGGCGGGCUGGGCCAGGCUGGGCUCGGCUGACCCCUCCCCAGCGGGGGGCGGGGUCCCAGGAGGAGGACUGGAGCAGAGGCUGCGAGAGGACCAGGCAGCGGGAAGGAGCGAUGGCAGGAGCCAGCCUAGGGGCCCGCUUCUAUCGGCAGAUCAAAAAACAUCCUGGGCUCAUUCCAAUGAUCGGCUUCAUCGGCCUGGGCAUGGGCAGUGCUGCGCUGUACCUGCUGCGGCUUGCCCUGCGCAGCCCCGACGUCUGCUGGGACCGGAAGAACAACCCAGAACCCUGGAAUCGCUUGAGCCCCAAUGACCAGUAUAAGUUCUUUGCAGUUUCCACCGACUAUAAGAAGCUGAAGAAGGACCGGCCAGACUUCUAAACCAGGCUGGGCUGCUAAUUCGAUGUUAACCAACGUCACUUCUUCCACUGCCUGCUCCCAGACCGCAGGGCGUCACUCUAGCCACCUUGUCCUGCUCUUGCUUACCCAGGCCGGGUUCCCAUGAAGAGGGGUGGGCAGCUCCUCCCCUACCCUCCUCCCUUGAUCCCAGCGGAAGCAACUCUGACCCUUGGCUUCAGUCCCCUGGGGGGGAGGGAAGUCGGGCCAGGCGGCAGCUGCUGGGUCCUCAGCCCCAAAGGCCCAAACCUCUGCUCAGUUCCCUCGCUUGCAGGGUGUGGCACAGGGUACGUGUGGAGCGUGGCCUCUGAGUGCCGAGGACGUGGCCAGCCCCACAUCUGCCUGAGCUCGGAAAGUGCCGGGCCUGGGGCAGUGCUGUUCAGGCUCGACUAGACUGUCUCUGGCUGCCCAGCCUGCCCAGGAUGGGCGCCCGUGCCAAGCAGCAGCUCCUCCUCUGCCUAAGCCUGCUGCCUCCCCCACCCACAGCACACAGCACCUGGGCCUCCCCCGCCCCUCCCCACCCCUCCCCUCCCCUGCUCCCCUUGGUCCCCCGGGAUCAAACAGAAGCAGCCGUGGGCAAAAUACAAUUUCAUUUAACAAAUUGAA